AUGGCCGAAGGGCAAGCAGCAGAGCAGAACAAUAUGAGAGUAAUAGUGAUGAGCAAAACUCUUAAAAUAGAGCCGUUCAAGAUUCCAGACAAUCAUUUAAAAGUUGGCAGAGCAUGGGAAGAAUGGAUUGAAGACUUCGAAGACGAAAUAACAUACUUCGAGAUACGAGAAAUACGAGACAAAAUUAGCGCUCUCAAAAUAUAUGGCGGACAAGAACUGAAAAAGUUGGCACGCAAUCUACCAGACCCACCACCUAUUGAAGUAGAUAACGAGUACGAGAAACUAAAAAGGAAAUUAAACAAUCAUUUUCUACCCAAGAAAAACAAACGCUAUGCAAGAUAUACGUUUAGCAAACAACGAAUGGAGUCAUACGAAAGUAUCGUCGCGUACGCAGCCAGAAUGCGUGAGAAAGCGAGAGAUUGUGAAUAUGGAGACCAAGCUGACGACAGAAUUCUAGAACACUUGAUCCAAACGAUCAAAGACAACGAUCUUAUUAAGAGAUGCAUUCAAAAACGAUGGAAAUUAGAACAGUUUAUCGAAGAAGCCAGUCAACGCGAAGAUAUUGGACAACAAGUCAAAGAUAUGAAAGACGACCAUAAAGUAGCAAGAAUAGGUCAACGUGCAGAAAAACACAGACGAGAUUACAAAUUCACUGGUGAAAAACAAGCGAAAGCACACGGCUCGUACACCUGUUAUGAAUAG